CUUUUGUUUUCAACACAUAAUGGUGGUCGCGAAUGUUGUUUUCGUGUUGUCUCAACAAUGAUGUUUGAAGAAGUGCAGGCUAGAUAGUUGUUGCUAUCGAAAUGACUUUAUUUAAUUACGAUAUCGUGUGGUACACGAAUAUGAAACUGUGAAAAUAAUACCAAUGGAAUGCGUAAAAAACUCGUUAGCGAGCUACUCAAGUUGGCAUGAAAAAGGCUUCUAAAACGACAUCGUCCAGUUCAACUCAAUACGCCCCAGUUUAUACGCAGUCUCCUUCUUCUCGGUCCGAGGAGGAUAUUAAUAAGAAUAUGGCGAGACCGACACGAAAAUGGGAAGUUUUUCCCGGAAGAAACAGGUUUUGUUGCGAUGGAAGAUUCAUGAUGGCUCGACAACUCGGCAUAUUUUACUUCACUGUGUUUUUAAUAGUGGCAACAUGUGCUUUAUUCUUUUAUUUUGACUGUCCAUUUUUAACAAGGGAGUUGACGGCAGCGAUUCCCGUGAUAGCAGCCGUGUUGUUUUUGUUCACCAUGGCAACACUGUUGCGCACCAGCUUCAGUGACCCAGGAGUGAUCCCUCGGGCAACACCGGACGAAGCAGCCGACAUAGAGAAACAGAUAGACGUUUCUAACGCGACGUCGCCGUCGUAUCGGCCGCCGCCGCGUACCAAGGAGAUCGUCAUCAAGGGGCAGACCGUCAAGCUGAAGUAUUGCUUCACGUGUAAGAUAUUCCGCCCUCCGCGGGCAUCACACUGCAGCUUGUGUGACAACUGCGUCGAGCGGUUCGAUCACCAUUGUCCGUGGGUCGGAAACUGCGUUGGCAAGCGCAACUACAGAUACUUCUAUCUAUUUAUAGUGUCUCUAGCAUUCCUCUGUGUCUUCAUUUUUGCGUGUGUUAUCACACAUCUUAUCAUUAUAACAAAGCAGCAUGAUUUUUUGCAAGCACUGAAGCAGUCGCCAGCAAGUAUUGUCGAAGCUAUCAUAUGUUUCUUCUCCGUUUGGUCGGUGUUGGGCCUGGCUGGCUUCCACACAUAUCUUACGACAUCCAACCAGACCACUAAUGAAGAUAUUAAGGGGUCAUUUUCUGCGAAGAGGGGGCAAGACAAUUUUAACCCCUUCAGCCAGGGUUCUUUGGGUGGAAAUUGCUUAGCUGUCCUGUGUGCACCAAACCCACCCAGCCUGAUAGAUAGCCGGGGCUACGUGGUCCCCGACACAACACAGAUCACCUGUAACAGCAGCAGCAGCUGUGCGGUGAUGUCAGAGAACAACAUUGUCAACGUGCGGCACGACAACUACGGUUCGACGAUCAGCACGGAGAAACAGCCCCUGUCGCACGGCAACGGACCCGGCAAGAAGCUGCCGUCGCCGUCCAGCAUUGCGCCGGCGCCACCUAUGGGCAGUAACGGCGGCUACCAGGAGAGUCCGGACGACGCCACUGCUGCUGCCGCGUCCGCCACCGCCACCGCCGCCGCCGCGUACCAGCACGCGAGCAAGCCCUACCCAGUGCAGCACAUGCCUAAAAUUGUGCCGGUAAACGGCGUGCAGCCAUGUUUGUGCGAGUGAUUUUGCAACAUUUGCUAUUGGACCCAGUAAAAACACAAUGCGUAGGUGUAGUUUGUAUCUUACUACCCUGUCUCGACAUACGCUUCCGUCUCUACGUGAUGUAACAUCCCGUAAGAUGUGUGUCGCGCUUCGAAUGUGCAAUAGUUGUAUGGCCUUACUCACCUUCGCACCUUUCACCGUUCACUUUACCACCUCGUCGCGCCACGUUUUGCAUUGGUCCAAACAAAUUGGCUCACACGCACGCACGCAUAUUAAAUUCGUAACAGUAGGGACAGCCAACUUCUCCUUCGACCUAUGUUCGCAUGGAUGUGUUUGAUCGUAAAGUUACAAGUUGUGAUGAUGCAUGAUCUUAUGUUUGUCUGGCGUUAGAUCACUCUGUACGAGGUGAGAGAGAGUAGGUCAGCAUGGAUUUGUUCAUGUUGUGUUUAUCUGAGCAGCUUAUUACAAUCAAUGAAUCACCCGAUUAAUGCAGUGUGGCGUGGUGCACAUCUAUUCGUGUAAUUUUGCAUCUGCUUUCGUGCAAAAACGUCUGUUUACUGAAAUCUUGUACCACCACAUCAUUUGCGGUUAGUUUUUUUAGUGUAAAUAACUACUUGUGUUUUCUGUAAUUUGUGUUGAGGGAGUCCGUUUGAAUGGCAGUAUAUCAACAAGUCAUGUGUAGGGCAAAUGUAUUCUGUUUUCUUUCCUGUGGUGGUGUCUCGAUAUAUAUAUUUUUGUAUCAAAAUCUCACUAUACUCUGGGAUUCUUGCUUUCAUCUUGAGAAGCUAUUUUGGGGGGAAUUUGAUAAACCUACAGUCUCAGAGCAUAACCAAAUGAAUGAGUAAGUGAAUACGAUAUAUAUGUUUUGUAAUUACAGUAUACGUAAUUGUGGGAAGUGCUUGAUCAAAUCAACAAUUUUGAUAUACGUGUAUAAUUGUGAUGAUGUAAUUUUGAUAAAAAAUCAUAUACUUAUUUAAGAACGUUUAUUUGAUUGCAUAAAUGAUCUUUCAUGGAGUAGGAGUAGCAUUAGUUAGGCCUCAGUUGGUCUGACAUAGCAUUUAGCCAGUAGUUAGCACACGAAUUAGAAUUUACCUGACAAAGGUCUUUAGGCCAAUAGGUGAAGGAUCAACUAAGGCGUGAACGAGUUUGUAUCUUUACUCAUUGCAUUAGAAUGAGUUUCUCUCUGAAGCUGCAGCCAAGUUAGAGUGGGAGAUAACAUGUAUUUUACGAUGCAACAUAGGGGUGCGCUCGCGUGCACAUGCGUAGCUUGCGAUACCUAAUUUAAUAGCUAUAAUGUAGGUUAGCGUCCCGUACCAUCCUGCAAGCGCUGGUUAUUUCUGUUUUUGUUGUUGUUUUUUGCAACCUCGUGAACUCUAAUGCUGCAUGGCGUCAUUUUGUCUUCUUGUGUGCCUAUGUGAGUGGGUCUAUUUAUAUGGGAAUGUGGUGCGUCUACAGCAUGCGGUUGUGAUGCCUGCUGCAGCCGAACCUUACAUGUCUUUUCAGUUUUUGUAAUUAAAUGAUGAAUGGCUUCAUUUUA